AUGGCCGAGAGUUCUUGUCGAGUGACAAGUCCAUUUGAGGUUAAUUCGGACUCAAGUGAUGUUGGAAAUGUUUAUGAGAUUGAGCGCGGAGAGGAAUAUGACCUCUUGUAUAUGAGGUUGAGUCAUCUCCCACUGAUGUUGUCAAAAUAUCAUGACUUUGACCUCUUGGACCAGCCGACGCUCUGCCUCCCAUCUCCCACUUGUUAUGGUUCCAGUCUCCGCGAAGUAGACAUCAACAGGAUUAAGAAUGCUUACAACAUUUCUAAAUCAGUAGACUUGAUGAUUCCUUUGGAGGAUGAAGGACCUGACUGCAACAGACCUUAUGAGGUUGUAGUUUACGAAGCUUUCUUUGCACUAGGUUUACGCGACUCGAUGCCUUCCUUAGUUGCAAAGAUGGCGAAUUUCAUUGGUAUUUCCCCUGGCCAACUUAACCCACAUGCUUGGAGGAUAUUAAUCGCCAUCCAAGUAUUUAAUGAGAUUUAUUCUGUGAGUUUAGGAUUGGAGGAAGUUCUCUUUGAACUCUCUUGGUGA